AUGACUGACUUCAUGCAAAACUUCCAGCUGGACGAGAAGCGGUUUCUCGCCCUACUUGAGAAAAUGAUCAACAAUGCUGCGGCUGUGCAGGUGGUGUGGUGUGAUGCCAGUGAUUCACAGCCGUGUCUGGGCACAGCCAGUACGUUUGUGUGGCACCUGACCGCCACCGGCAAGCUGUUCCAUUCCGGAUUUCCCACAAAGACGGUGAAUGCGGCUGAGUUGGCCAUGGAUGCUGUGCAUGCCAUGCAGGACCACUUCUACAGCUCAUUCCCACCCCACGCCAGAGAAAACGACUUCAAAUUCGAUUCGCCGUCGUCGUUCAAGCCCACACAGAUGUCACUGCCUGGCCAUGGUAGCUUUAAUCAGAUGCCGGCUGUGGCGAAAAUCUCUGGCGAUUGCCGACUGACGCCAUUCUAUGAAGUGGAGGAGGUGAUGCACAACAUGAAGACAUACGUCGAAGAACUCAACAAAGAUCUGUCUGUGCUGCCUGGGCGUGGUCCGUCCAAGUACGUUGUGGGUGGCAUUGACAGCGCAGUGUCACUGGAAUUCAAUCUACCGUUCAUGCGGGGCGUCUACGUUGACAACGCAUCCCCCGGAUACAAAGCUCUGGCCAAGGCAGUGCAGGAUGUGCGUGGUGACUUUGCGCCGUACGCUGUGUGUGGGUCACUGCCGCUGGUGGGCGAUCUCAAGAAGGGUGGCCUAGACCUGCAGAUGAUUGGGUGA